AUGGCAGAAGCCAAUGUUUCAGUGGGACAGGACCAGUUCACCUGUUCAGUGUGUCUGGAUCUACUGAAGAAUCCAGUGACCAUUCCCUGUGGACACAGUUACUGUAUGAACUGUAUUACAGGCUGGUGGAAUCAGGAGAAUCAGAGGGGACUUUACAAAUGUCCUCAGUGCAGAAAGAUCUUCAGUCCAAGACCUGCCUUAUGUAAGAAUGUGGUGUUUGAUCAACUGGUGGAGAACCUGAAGAAGACUAAACUACAAACUGCUGUUCCUGCUGGUGCCUCCUGUCAGACUCCUUUUGACCGUCAUGAAGAAUUUCGCUCAAACAAACCACACAAAGUGAUGGAUGCCACUGGGCGACAGCAGCAGAUGAUCUGUCCUCAACAUCAUAAACAACUGGAAAUCUACUGCCGGACUGACCAGCUCUAUAUUUGUUAUUUGUGUGCAGUAAAUACACACAAAACCCACAACACCGUAACGGCUAUAGAUGAGAGGACAGAGAAACAGAAACAUCUGGAACAAACUCAAAGAGACUUCCAGGAGAGAAUCCAGCAGAGAGAGAAAGAUCUUCAGGAGCUGAGAGAGGUUGUGAAGACUCAUAAGCACUCUGCAGAGAAAGCUGUGCAAGACACUGAGAGGAACUUUACUGAACUGAUCCGCUCCAUUGAGAGAAGCCACUCCGAGAUCACACAGCUGAUCAGAGAUCAGGAAAAAGCUGCAGUGAGUCAAACUGAAAUACUCAUGAAGCAACUGGAGCAGGAGAUUGAUGACAUGAGGAGGAGAGACACUGAACUGGAGCAGCUUUUACAAACAGAUGAUCACAUCCAUUUUCUUCUGAGCUUUGAGUCUUGCUCUGAUCCUCCACAAACUACUGAUGUGCCCAGAAUCACAGCCAAUUCUCACCUCUUAUAUGACGAUGUGGGAAAAUCUGUCCUUCUGCUAAAAAAUAAACUUGAGGAAGUCUGCAAAGAAUUGACAGAAAUGAUAUCUAAUAGAGUGCAAAACUUUAAGAUCAUUUCCACUUCUGAGGAGAGCAUAAAAUCACCACAGCCACGGUCCAGGGCCACAAUGCCAGGGCCACCACCCAGUUUCCACCCAACGCCAUUACCAAGACGUCCCCCAAAGGAAUUGUCAAGAUACAGAUCCUUGUCGGAUUCAAAAUAUUGGCAUUUCAUAGAAUAAGGGUCACAGCCCAGACCCUCCGCAUUGCCAGGAUCAUGUGUCAGACCCUCCACAGCACCACUUUGUUUUUGAAUCAACACAAAGACAAAAAAAAAAAUCCCUAUUAUAUUCUUAUUUUUCUUUGUAAAUCUGCAAUCUCUACUAUA